AUGUCAAGUGAUUAUAUUCCACACAUGAUGGUGGAUUUUUUGAUAUAUCGUAAAGUUGCCGCAGACAAGUGUAAAGGAGGUGUAGAAGAUGAUAAGAAGUACAAGCCGACCAUGACUGACUGCCCUGUGCUGCCCCCUGGGGACAUGAGACUGGAGUCCUCGGCAACCACUGGAGCCACCACCACUGGAACCAAUGUUACCUUCUACUUCAGACAGGGAAAGGGCAGCAAAACUACCACCCAUUAUAACUGCACAUUUGGGGAUGGUCAUCAGCAGAGCAUGCUAUGGAAUGACACUACUCCUGGUGUCAUGAAGUUCACACAUCAGUUUCUGAAGGCGGGAACAUAUCACGUGACAGUCCAGGCAACCAAUCAGAAGGGACAGGCUUCUGUAGCACUGCCAUUGACUGUAGAAGAUCGCAUAGUGGACUUGGAAGUGGAACUUCCUCGAGGAGCACUGCAGAAUGAACCCUCUGUUUUCACUGCCAUCCCCGUCUUUGGUCUGGAUAAUGGGAAUACACAGGAUUUGAAGCAAACACAUUUCAUUUGGCAGUUUUCACAUCAGGAAACCCCAACCCUCUCAUGGAAUGGUACUGUCUCUUUCAAAUACAGUGAGCCAGGCAACUACACUGUACACGUGACUGCAGUGAAUGCUGUCAGCUCAUAUCACAAGGCUCUGACUGUGAGAGUGUAUGGUGAACUGGUAGUAGUUCAGCUUUGGUUUGAGAAUCUACCACUGGAAGUUCCACCAUCUCUUCUCAUCAACAGGAUUAUCUUCAGAAGAAGCUUUGAAAAGGCUGUAGUUAAAGAAAUAAGUGAAAAGAAGAUAUUGGGAACAGAAGUGGGUGAGAUUCAAGCUGCUAUGCUACUAAAGGAGCCACUGAGAGUAGAUGUUGUGAUACUUCCACCAACUGUGAACAAAAACAAGAUAACAGCCACACAGGUUGCUCAAAAGUUAAUAGAUGCUGUUGCUGCACAUAAUCUGUCCAUUCCUCUGGGGAGCAUUGAUACUGUUACACCUACAAAAGCUGUCAUUGUCAAAGACAGUACACCAGGGGGAAGCUCACACAAGAGGAACCUGGUUCCAGUCUUUGUUGCUGUCCCUGUUGCAGUGAUAACAGUUCUUGUCAUGGGAUUGAUUGUCAUAUACUACAGGAAGAAAUUUGUUCUGAAUCAGAAUGCAUAUCGUCUGCUGCGAGCUAACGAGCAGGCAGACCGUCUGCUGGAUUCCCCUGAUGAAGAUGAUGAUGACCCCAUGUUGGACUCUGGGCCAGCCAUCAAUACUGCACAGCGCACUGAGGAGGACGAUGCUGUGCCAGCAUUUGGAGAUGGUUAGGAAAAAAAUCAGCUCCUUCUUAGCUCAAAUUAUCUGGUUUUUGAAUGCUAGGGAUUUGUUUAUAAACAAUAGCCUCAUCACCAGUCAAUUUUUUUGUUUAAUUAAAUGAAUGC